AUGGCAGAAAGCAAUUGCACCCAAGCGACUGAGUUCAGCUUAACGGAGUUCACAGACAACCCGGUGACUCAGGUCACUCUCUUUCUGAUGUUUCUUGUCACCAUCCUGGGGAACCUUGGGAUGAUCGCAUUAAUCAGGGCCAGCCCUCAGCUCCACUCCCCCAUGUAUUAUUUCCUGGGAAACCUGGCGUUUGUAGACCUCUGUUCUUCCACCAUCAUCACCCCCAAGAUGUUGAUUGACUUUAUAUCAGAGAAGAAGGGCAUUACUUAUGCUGGGUGCGUGGCUCAGGUGUUCAUUUUUGAUCUUUUUGGGAUGACAGAAUGCUUCCUGCUGGCUACGAUGGCGUAUGACCGUUACAUGGCCAUUUGCCAUCCCCUGGUGUAUCCCCUUGUCAUGUCCCCAAAAUGCUGUUUCCAGCUGGUGACUGGGUCGUAUCUCGUGGGGUUGACAAAUGGCAUGGGACAGACUAUCGGCAUGUCCAAUUUAUCCUUCUGUGGCUCCAGCGUCAUUGACCUGUUCUUCUGUGACAUUUCCCCUCUGAUAUCCCUCUCGACCUCCGACAUCACCCUCAGCCACAUUAUCCUAAGAAGGAACCACUCAAGUGUGACUGAAUUUGUCCUUCUGGGCUUCACCGACCUGCAGGAGCUGCUCUUUGUGAUAUUUUUGCUCAUCUACAUCACCACGCUGGUGGGGAACCUGGGGAUGAUCAUCCUCAUCAGGACCAACUCUCAGCUUCACGUGCCCAUGUACUUCUUCCUCAGCCACCUCUCUUUCCUGGACAUCUGCUAUUCUUCAUCCAUCGUGCCGAAGCUCCUGACAGGCCUCCUUGCUGAGAGAAAUGUCAUUUCUUUCAAUGGUUGCAUCACGCAGUUUUUCUUCUUUGCAGUAUUCGGCACCACAGAAGCCAUCCUUCUGGCCGUCAUGGCGUACGAUCGCUACGCAGCCAUCCGUGAGCCUCUGCACUACUUGGCUGCCAUGUCCCAUGGGGUCCGUGUCCAGCUGGUGGUGGGCUCCUACACUGCCGGGAGCCUGAAUGCCCUCGUGCACACCAGCGCUCUCCUCCGACUCUCUUUCUGUGGUCCAAAUGUUGUCAAUCAUUUCUACUGUGAAAUCCCACCGCUCCUGCUACUCUCGUGCUCCAGCACCUGGCUCAAUGAGAUGAUGAUGGCCACAUGCAUUGGCUUCAUCAUAACAACCUCAGUCUUGGCCAUCAUCGUCUCCUACACCUGCAUCCUGCUCACCAUCUGGAGCAUCCGCUCUGUAGAGGGCAGGCACAAAGCCUUCUCCACCUGCACUUCCCACCUCAUGGCUGUUGUCCUCUUCUACGGUUCUGCGGCUUUCUUGUAUUUCCAUCCCUUUUCCAAACACACAGAUCAAGGGAAAACAGCCUCCAUCUUCUACACCAUGGUGACCCCCAUGCUCAACCCUUUCAUCUACAGCCUGAGGAACAAGGAGGUGAGGACCACCCUCAGAAAAUCUACGAACAAGCUUCUCUUGCAUGUAUUUCCACAGGUCCCGCUCCAACCAAACCAAA